AUGGAAGACAACCAGAGGGAGAAUAAGAGGAUGCAGUUGCAUGACCAUUCAGUACCCCUUCAAUAUAGACCCAUAAAUAGGAUGAAUGCACCCAUAGAAAAUAAUACAAACUUUAGAGUUGAUCAUCAUUUGGUGCAAACGCUACCCCAUUUUCAUGGCAUGGCUCAUGAGGAGCCAUAUAAACACUUAGAAGAUUUUUCCCAAGUUUGUGAAAUUUCUCAUUAUCCUAAUGUUCCCAUUGAGACCGUGAAGAUGAAACUUUUUCCAUUCACACAUAAAGAUAAAGCAAAGGAUUGGCUGCGGGCAUUAGCUCAAGAGCUGAACUCUUGGAGUGAGAUGGAGGCAGCAUUUUUAAAGGAAUUUUAUUCAGUAGGUAAGACUAACUCAAUUUGUAGAGCUAUUAGAGAUUUUGUGCAGGUGCUGCAGGAGUAUUUUUAUGAGGCAUGGGAGAGGGUUAAAGACUACACCCGGAAUUCAGAAUUGGCAAUUGGUCCAAAUUUUCUAUGAAGGAUUAAAUGAGAAGGACAGGCAUAUGAUCGACGUAGCUUCAGGAGGUACAUUUAUGAAUAAAUAUGAGGAUGAAGCAAUAGAAUUGAUUGAAACAUUAGCCAAGAACAGCGCACACCAUUAUGCUCUAAAUCAAAAUGGUAGGUUUACGGGACCUAGGAAAAGAGGUAUUCAUGAUUUGAAAAAUGUAGAAACUGGUUUAUCAAUUGACAAAGUGGAGAAACUAACCAAGUGUGUGCAGGGGUUGAUGCAAAAGUCUUCAGCAACAGGUUUUGACCACCAACAACUGAAAACAAAUCAAGAUAUGGUGGACUGUGUAUUAUGCUUAAGUUAUGAACAUGUGAAGGUCGACUGCCCAAAGUAUGAUCAGGUGAUGGGAGUCAAUCAAUUCCAUUCUAACCAUGCAGGAAAUGGAUGGCAAAGACAAGGGUCAAAUCAGAAUUAAAGCAGAAAUUUCAAGAAUAAUCAAAUAGAUAUGAAUCAAAAUUCUGGCUGGAGAAGAAAUCAGGAUAAUGAACAAUGGCUUAAUCAUUUUAAUUAUUCACAGAAUUCAUCUAUGCAGAGGAUGAAUAAUUCUAGCUAUGAUUCCCUUAUGCCUAACCAUCAGAUUCAGCAACCUAUAGGAUUUAAUGAUUUAUCUACACAGGAAUUAUUGAAGCAAAUAUUGCAGGAACAAAGGGAACUACGACAGGAAAUGGAGCAUAUGAAGUUCCAAAUUGAAGGCUGAUACCAAUCUGAUCAAAUCAGAUCAGAUAAGCAUCUUGGCAAGAGGAUAGAAGUGGGUAAUAGCAAUAGAGAAUUAGGACAAUUACCCACGCAACCAGAUGCUAAUCCAAGAAAUACUGGAGGACCAUCAAAUCAACGCCAAGUGCACCAAGUUGAACUUAGAGACCAGAACCGUGGAAACACUCAAUGCAGUCUCCAAAUUGAGAAAUGGUAAGGUACUUUCAGAUCCAUAUCAUGCUGCUGCAGGUGAAGCAGAGGAUGAGGAGGAAGAAAUGAAAGCAUCGGAUGAGGUGAUUUUGACAAAGAAUAAGGGUAAAAACAAGGAAGGUAUGGAACCCAACCCUUCCAUUUCUACACCCCUGAUUCUAUUUCCUGAAGCCUUAUGUGAUGUUAAACUAAAAAGUGCUGAUUCUGAUGAGAAAUCCUUGAAAUUUUUAAACAAGUAACAAUCAAUAUACCAUUAGUUGAUGCCAUUCAACACAUUGUCUUAUGCAAAAAAUUUAAAGAAUUUAUGCACUCCAGUAACGAAGCAAAAGAGAAUUCAAUUGUCUGAAAUAAUUAGCUCAAUUUUGCUGAAUCAUAUUCUGACAAAGAAGCAUGAUCCAGGUGCUCCACUAAUCAAAUGCGAGAUCCAAGGUAUGGUUUUCAUACGUUCAUUACUUGAUUCAGGAGCUAGUGUGAAUAUUUUACCCAAGGCUUUGUAUGAUUUAAAUAAAAUUGGUGAUUUACAACCCCUCUUCGUAGAAUUGCAGCUAGCGGAUGGAUUAAUCCGCUAGCCAUAUGGAAUAGUAGAGGAUGUAAUUGUGAAGAUAGAAAACUUUUAUUUUCCUGCUGAUUUUAUUAUUGCAGAUAUGAAGAUCAUUGGAGAACACAACCCAUGCUCCAAUAAUCCUUGGAAGGCCAUUCUUAGCCACAGCUAAAGCCACAAUGGAUUGCGAAAAAGGAACUGUAGAUCUUAAAUUUGGCCAAGAGAGAGUAGAAUUAAAUAUCUCGAAAUUAUUAAAAUAUCUAGAUUACUCUGAAAAUUUAUGUAAUAUUGAUAUCAUUGAUGAGUGUGCAGAUGAACUUUGUCAUAGAGAGACAAGUUGUGCGUUGGAGGAUACAAUGAACCCAAUUGAAGAGAAAUCUGCUUUGAAUAAAUCCAGCAUGCCACCAAAUUUCAAGCCAUAGCCUACACCUAUGAAGUAUGCAUUUUUGGGCUUAAAUUGUUCAUUCCCUGUAAUUAUUUCAUCUUUAUUAACAAGUGAGCAGGAUUGAAGAUUACUCGAGAUAUUAAAAAAAUAUAAAGUAGCAAUUGGGUGGACUUUGAUAGAUAUACAAGGCAUCGACCUUGAGGUAUGUAUGCAUCAUAUUUUUAUUGAAGAUAAUUGA